UUCUAGUUUGCAAAAAAAAAAAUUUUAUUUUUAAUUUGUUGACCCCUACCUUCUAGUUUGCAAAAAAGUAGUUCAAAUUAUUACUAGGAAAUUGAUACACGAAGAAAACGGAGAAUCGUAACUUAUAAAACUACAAAUACCCCCACCCCCGCUUUCAAUUUAGAAUCUGCUGCGCUACCCUUGAGGUUCUCUUUCUUACCAAAAGAAAAAAAAUUUUUUUUCUUUUCGGUAAGAAAAUUAUUCUGUUUCUUUUUUUUCUGGGGUUUUUGAUUCAUACCCAUUUCAGGUCUGCCUAAGAUUUGCAAUAAAGACCUUGAGGAAUUAAAAACCAAACGCAUGAUUUUAUGAUGCUUUUUAUGUUGAUGGCUAUGGAGAACUUACUGCUCUUUUGAUACGUGAAGAUGGAUUAUAAGCUGCAAGUCGGAGUUCAAUCCCACCUUGAAAUGGGACCACUGGAUGAUAAGUCAAUGCAUGAUCUCGAUGACAAGUGCAUUUAUUCCCUUGAAAUGGAUGCUCAAAAGACACAGUCUACUGAUUCAAAUGAACAUGUAUCACUUUCUGGUAGUUUGCCUGUUGGAGGUAAUAAAAGGAUAAGAAAUGGUGUCUAUAAGAGCAUAAAGACCGUAGUUUUCUCAAAUAAGCUCAAUCUGCUCAUGCCUUUUGGGCCUCUAGCAAUCCUGGUUCAUAAGAUGACUGCUCAUAAUGGGUGGGUCUUCUUUCUAAGCUUACUGGGUAUAACACCUUUGGCUGAGCGUUUGGGUUAUGCUACAGAGCAGUUGGCUUUUUUCACUGGACCUACAGUCGGGGGUCUUCUAAAUGCUACAUUUGGGAAUGCAACAGAACUGAUUAUUUCGAUUUAUGCACUGAAAAGUGGAAUGAUACGUGUUGUUCAGCUGUCGUUGUUGGGUUCAAUUUUGUCAAACAUGUUACUUGUUCUUGGAUGUGCGUUCUUCUGUGGCGGGCUUGUGUAUCAUAGAAAGGAACAGGUUUUUAGCAAGGCCACAGCUGUUGUCAAUUCUGGACUGCUGCUAAUGGCAGUAAUGGGCCUACUCUUCCCAGCAGUCCUCCACUACACACACACUGAACGGCAUGCUGGGAAGUCAGAGUUGACUCUUUCAAGAUUUAGUAGUUGUGUUAUGCUUCUAGCCUAUGCUGCCUAUCUUGUUUUCCAGUUAAAAAGUCAAAAUGAUCAAUAUGUCCCUAUUGAUGAGGAAGGAAGUCAGAAUGAGGAGAACUCGGAUGAUGAUGAAGCUCCAGAGAUCUCCAAAUUGGAAUCAUUGAUUUGGCUUGCAAUCAUGACUGCUUGGAUCUCUAUCUUAUCAGACUAUUUGGUGGACACCAUAGAGGGAGCAUCCGACACAUGGGAUGUGCCAAUUGCAUUUAUUAGUGUUAUCUUGCUCCCCAUUAUCGGGAAUGCUGCAGAGCAUGCAAGUGCUAUCAUGUUUGCCAUGAAAGACAAGCUUGACAUAUCCUUGGGAGUGGCAAUAGGUUCAUCAACUCAGAUUUCUAUGUUUGGGAUUCCUUUUUGUGUUGUUAUUGGUUGGAUGAUGGGGCGGGAAAUGGACUUAAACUUCCAGCUUUUCGAGACAGCAACUCUGUUCAUAACUGUUAUAGUUGUAGCCUUUUUUUCUGCAGGAGGGCACGUCGAACUACUUCAAAGGACUAAUGCUUAUUCUUUGCUAUCUGAUAGUAGCUGCAAGUUUCUUCGUACACGAAGAUCCUUCUUCAACCAGUCAGUUCUUCCAUUAACCUGCUCUAAAUCUCUCCUUUGGUUUCUCUUUGACGGCUGUCACUGUUUUAGCAUGUAGUACAGACUUUUUAUUAAAGGCUGUGCUGUAAUUGAUUCAAUAUUACAGGUGAAAGUAAGCAACCCAAAACGUGAUCAAUGAAACAGUUGAAUUAUGGGGUGAAAUUUCAAACCUAGUAAAGAGAAAAGGCUAUGCAUUCCAAAAGAAAUUUUGAGCCACUCGCUGGUGUAAAUAUUUUUGUUCGCCGAUAUUUGAAUUUUCCGGCUGCUUGUGCUUGUUCAGUUAAAAUUAUUGAACAAGUGUUUUGCUCAGCAUGUUCUUCAUCUGAUGGUAAACAUCUGCAAAGAUGGGCAAUUAGAGAUCAUGUAUACUGUAGGAAAAAAAUGUAUUCUUUAAAGUUUGAUCCAUAUGUAACUAAUUCUUUUGAACAUCAUUCCCUUUGCUUAUUGGGCGAUUACUUGCAAUGAAAUAGUUGGUUUUCACUUUCUAUCACUUUUGUCUAUGGCUGAAGUGGUGGAUUUUAUAUAAUUUUUUAGUGUGAUUGAACAAUUGUAACAUUUGAGUUUUUUGAGGUAAAAUUUAUUUUG